GGCCACUCCAGACGCAAGAAGGCCAUUGAGGCUGCUUAUGGCAUAAGGGUUUAGCGCCCUACGCGCGCUUUACGCGCGCGCGUUCUCCUUGCCAGCCAGGACUAUGGCUGCGAGCCUGAUUGCCCGCUGCCAAGCGGACAUUCUCAGGCUGGAGACCAACGCCUUGCACGACAUCUCGGUGUCUCAAAAGUUGGCUUCCCUGCUGCGGUUGCGCGCUCAGGAGCCAUCGCCACAAUCCGAGGCGUCUCCACCGGCCCUCCCGGAUACGGCUCAGAUGAUUGCCUAUUGGGACUCCUUGGGCUGCGAGGAAAGCGCUCGCGUGCGGGAGAGCUCCAACGAGGGCCAGGAGCAGAACCAGUUCCUUGCCGCAAAGCAGCUGAUCCCAGCCUUGGCUAGGGACAACACCAUCCUGGAAAGCAACUUGCGCGACUACGAGUUGGCGCUGCAGGCUGCGCUGGAGGAACUGUUCCGCGUCAGAGCCGACGCCAUUGAGCUUGGCAGCCUGAUGCAUCAGGUGGCCUCCAUCAACCAGAUCCUGCGGCAGGAGCAUCAGGCUCAGCAGGAACUGCAGGAGGAGCAAAGCCGCCUGGAGCAGAGGCAAGAGCAGUUGGUGAGCUUGCUGCAGGAGGCAGCUGCGGCCGAGGACGACGAGCGGGGCGCCGCUUUGAUCAAGGCACUGGCCCAGGAGAACAGCAAUCUGCGGUCCAUGCUCUUCCCCAGCAACGGCCCAGACAUCACCGACUCGCCACGGAAGGCCUUGUCCUCCCGGGCCAGCCGAUCUUCCGAGGACCGGCGCUUCGCAUCUCCGGAGAGUCCCAUGAGCCCCAUCGACUUUCCUUUUAGGACGGACGACCUGCCUUUGCCGCCACUGCCGCCGCUGCCGCCCAUGCCGCCGCCCUCCCCACCCUCGCAACAUCGCGAGGUGAGAUGAGAC